AUGAGCAUAGUUAGUAGAAACGGUAAUGAGAGAUUAAGAACAGUGUGGACUCCUGAAAUGGAUCAGUAUUUCAUCGAGCUUAUGUUGGAACAAGUGAAGAAAGGGAAUAGAUUUGAAGAUCAUUUGUUUAGCAAACGUGCUUGGAAGUUUAUGUCUGCUUCCUUCACUUCGAGAUUCAAGUUUCUUUAUGGUAAAGAUGUUUUGAAAAACAGGCAUAAGACAUUGAGGAACUUGUUUAAAUCUAUCAAGAAUCUUUUGAACGAAGAUGGUUUUUGUUGGGAUGAAACUAGACAAAUGGUGGUUGCUGAUAAUAGCGUUUGGGAUGCGUAUCUCAAGAUCCAUCCUAAUUCAAGAACUUUUCGAAUAAAGUCGAUACCUUAUUACAAAGAUCUGUGUUUGAUUUACACUGAGCAAAAAGAUCAGGAUAAUAUUAACGAGGGAGAAACCAAGACUCUGGCUCAGGAAGAUGAUAACAGAAUUUGUGAAUCAACAACAAUCAUGUGUAACUCAAAAGGAAGUAGCGUCGUUACACGGUGCAGGACUACUUGGCAUCCUCCGAUGGACCGGUAUUUCAUUGAUUUGAUGUUGGACCAAGCGAGAAGAGGAAACCAGAUUGAAGGUGUUUUCCGGAAACAAGCAUGGACUGAGAUGGUUAAUCUGUUCAAUGCGAAAUUCGAGUCUAAUUUUGACGUUGAUGUGUUGAAGAACCGGUAUAAGACUCUGAGAAGACAAUUUAGCGCUAUUAAGAGUCUUCUUCGAUCAGAUGGGUUUGCUUGGGAUGAUGAGCGUCAAAUGGUUACUGCUGAUGAUAAUGUCUGGCAAGACCAUAUAAAGGCUCAUAGAGAUGCAAGGCAAUUCAUGACUCGACCAAUUCCAUACUAUAAAGAUUUGUGUGUGCUUUGUGGCGAUGCUGAGAUUGAGGAAAAUGAUUGCUAUGUAGCUAUGGACUGGUUUGAUCCCGAAACCGAAUUCCAGGAGUUCAAGUCCAGUGGAACAACAGAUUUGUCUAUUUCAGCUGAGGAAGAAGAUAGCAACUCUCUUUUGUUCGACCCCAAGAACAAAAGAGAUCAACAACUUAGUAAUACUGAUACAAGCCCUAUAAACCCGAAGAAGCCGCGAGUUGAUGAAACCAAAACCGUAGCGAUAGAGGACGCGGUUGAGGCUAUUCAAGCGCUACCAGAUAUGGACGAGGAGCUUAUAUUAGAUGCUUGUGAUCUGCUUGAAGAUGAACUCAAGGCGAAAACGUUUUUGGCUCUAGAUGUGAAACUACGCAAGAAGUGGCUGUUAAGGAAACUCCGACCUCAAGUAACAUAA